CUUUACGAGAAGUACUGUGACUUCUAUAUAUAAAUCACACACGGACAGUCUUUUUAUGUGCACGGUUGGUUCGCAGCCUCGCGAAACAACCAUCGAGGCCCAGCGGAUGCAAGUAUUUACACCCACUACAGCAGUUGGCCUUGCAUACUCACUGAGGCGUCUAGGCUUCGGCGUGGUUCGACUCUUAUCAUCCGUCGCUCGCGGUGGAAGUGCACCAGUCGCGAUGAUGCUGCGAUCGCCCGGCGCCUCAGGAUGCACGUCAAUAUGCAGCGCAACUUCCAGCAAAGGAACAGUCCAUCCCUUACCCACACGCGCUAUGAGGUUGUCGCCUUCGGCAAGCAUGGGCCCAUCCUCGCGGCCGCUUCUUUCCUGGGCAGCGCGCGGUUUAAGCCCCAGCACACGCCCUUUGUCAACGCGGGCAGCGUCGCGGGGUACUCAAAGCGGCCCUGAGGAGCCCGACCGGCCUCGCCUCGCUGCCAUCGCCCUAGCGGCCGGUGCCGCCCUCAGCCUCAUCCUCAGCCCCGGUCCCAGCCCCAGCCCAGAUCGAGGCCUGCUGUCCGCCCUCCGGCCCCCUGUAGCGCAUGCGGAGGCGCCGGCCGCGACACCGGUCGCCGGCUUGCCCUCCUUCCUGUCGCCCCCCUCCAGCCCCCGCGAUGUGCCCUUGCAGCGCAACACGGACCCCAUGACCAUGCAGCUGCCGGACACACCGCCCGACCUGACACCCGAGGAGGUUCGUGCCAUCCGCAUCUUCGCACGCAACACGCCCUCCGUCGUCAACAUCACCAACAUACGGCAGGUCGCCAUCCCCAACGGCUACUUGAGCAUGGACACGCAGCGGGUGCCGGCGGGGCUGGGCAGCGGCUUCGUGUGGGACGACAAGGGCCAUAUCGUUACCAACUACCACGUCAUUCGGGGUGCCGACAUGGUGAAGGUGACGCUGCUGGACCAGUCCACAUACACCGCCCGAGUGGUGGGCGGUGACGCCGACAAGGACGUGGCGGUUCUGGAGCUGCAAGGCCUGCCGCGCGACAAGCUGCGGCAGCUGCAGCCCGUCACGCUGGGCUCCUCCGCGGGGCUGCUGGUGGGGCAGCGCGUGUUCGCCAUCGGCAACCCGCUGGGGCUGGAGCAUACGCUGACCUCGGGUAUCGUGAGCGGCCUCAACCGCGAGCUGAGCGACGGGACCAUCACCAUCAAGGGACUCGUGCAGACGGACGCGGCGAUCAACCCGGGCAACAGCGGCGGUGUGCUUCUGGACAGCGGCGGGCGAGUAAUCGGCAUCAACACCGCCAUCGCCGACCCCUCCGGCAAGGGCGCCUCCGCGGGGGUGGGCUUCGCGCUGCCCAUAGACAGCGUGCGCGGCCUGGUGGAGCAGAUCCUGACGUACGGCCGCGUGCUGCGCCCCGUGCUGGGGGUGACACUGGCGCCGCCGCAGGUGCUGAAGCAGCUGGGGCAGCCGGGGGUGCUGGUGCUGGAGGUGCCCCGCGGCUCUCCCGCGGAGAAGGCGGGUCUGAAGCCCACCACCCGCGACCGCUUCAGCGGCGCCCUGGUGCUCGGGGACAUCAUCACGGGCAUCGACGGCCGCCCCGUCCGCAACUACUCCGAACUGGUGGACAUUCUGGACGUCAAGCGAGUGGGCGACGUCGUGAAGGUGGACAUCCUUCGAAGCCAGACUGACAACCUAUUUGCCAGCGGCGCUGCACGCAAGAUGACAGUGGAGAUACAGCUGGGAGAGCGGGGCCAGGUCAACGUGACGGAAUGAGCUGCACCCAGCCAUUGAAGGACAAAUGAAGGUCAAAUGUCGGACGAGUGAAUUGGGCAAGAACUGUUGAACCCAAACAAGCUGACCCAUGGGUCAUGUUAUGGCAUAUGAGAACGUACCCUUCUGCAUUGUGUUGCUGCGUGUUUUGUCCCGAACAAGUGUUGUCAGCUAGGUUGCGCUGCUUCCAUGUAUCAUACUGCAUCGUUAGUCUGUCUGCAGAAACGUGUCGCAUUACACCAGAGCGGUCGGAAGCACCGCUUAUGUACGGGGGCAGGCAAAAAAUGUGCGGGUCAUGCUGCAAAGUGAUAUAUAGGUUGAGGCAUGAAACCACUCGCACAGCCUAGCGACAAAAAGGGCUAGGGUUAAAGCGCCUGUAAAUGGCCCGUCGCACCAAAUUCAAUCUCCUAAUGCCUGAAGCCGAUGGCUUCUAAGCUACCAUGUAAAUGCUCUAUCCGCAG